CCAUCCAUCCAUCCAUCCAUCCAUCCAUCCAUCCAUCCAUCCAUCCAUCCAUCCAUCCAUCCAUCCAUCCAUCCAUCCAUCCAUCCAUCCAUCCAUCCAUCCAUCCAUCCAUCCAUCCAUCCAUCCAUCCAUCCAUCCAUCCAUCCAUCCAUCCAUCCAUCCAUCCAUCCAUCCAUCCAUCCAUCCAUCCAUCCAUCCAUCCCAGGCACAGGACAAGCGCCAUGCCAUGAAAAUGCCUUGUUUGUCACCCCUGGGACAAGGAGCCUGCCAUUUCUCCGUGGGGACUGGCACCUGCAUGGAUCAUGUCCUGCAGAGAUCAGCCACUCUUGCUCCUUAAAACUGACCAUUCCAGGAAUAGUUUUGGCCUAGAUAAUUCAAACCUUCAUUCCUCCCUGUGUCUCCAGGGUAAAACCAAGCUGUUGUGUGGUUUGGGGCAUGUCCAGACAAAAUGGGUCUCUGGGAGCAUUCACUUAGGCUGGGGUUGGGCUCUGUGUGCUGAAUGUGUCUGAAUACUUAGAGGCAGAAUGGCCCCAUUAUUUAAGAAUAAUCCUUUAUUUAAGAAAACAACUAUUAAAAUAUUGAGGGAUGCCUUGAGGUGAUAAGGUGCAGAGGUCUACUGAGCCUGUCUUCUUGCAGCAGAAGGGAUUGACAGUUCUUCUAAAGCAUUCUGUGGUCUGGAUCUGCCUUCAGGAUGAUUUGGGUGUGUGUGAUUUGUUUGCCCCACAAAACAUCAUUCAGAGUUGCCAUUUUGGGGACAGUACCUAAAUUAAUAAAUGGACUGUUGCUGCACCCAUUAAACUGGACAGAAAAGGUGCAGCAGGAGGAUGCCAGCUCAGGAAGGGCCUCCAGGCAGGCAGGGUGAUGUGCUUUGGAAAACCACCAGAUAUAAAGCAGCCUCAGUUUAAAUUAAAGAACAAGAAGGAAGAUUGGUGUGGGGGCUGCAUGGAGCCUGCUCACUGCCCAUGGGCUCCUCUGCCUUUCUCCUGCCACCUCAUCUCCAAGGACAGGAGAUUGCCCCACUCCCAUCCCCCUAACAGGCCUGGGGCCAAAAAUUUAGGAAAUCCUGAUGAAAUCUUGCCUGCAGGUGUGUCUUGAAACUCUUUUUGCAGAAGCUGGGCUGCAAAUUCCUGUCAGAGGUUGGUACCAGCUAUGGCUGAGGGUCUUCCCUGGCUUUGGGAAGGGUUUUGGAGGAAGGCUUGAAGCCUUGCUUGCUCCCUUUGGAGAGUGGAAACCACAAGUGUGGCCAUACCAUGCUGUAAAUUGAGAUGUUAUCUUCUCAAAACAGUGUAAAGCCUGAGCCAGAUCUGCUGCAUUUUGGCCAUGUCUGAAAAAGCUUCUAGAGUGACAGAAGUCAGAUCAAACUUGGUGGUUAAAAACUCCUUUUAGGUGGGCUUUAAACCUUCAAAAGAUCCCCUCUGUGUCCCAGCUGGAGUACACUGGUGAUGAUCAUGGUACCACAGGAUUGUUUGAAUUGGAAAAGAUGUUAAAAACCAUCCUGUUCCAACCCCCUGCAAUGUGCAGGGAACCCUUGAUGCAUCAUGGCUGCUUAAUUAGUGCUGGAAAAGACUCCUCCCUCAUCAUUGUCCACUCUCCCAUUUCAAAGUGAGGUGUAAUAAAUCCAUUACAGGCGCUGUUGGGUUAUUUGAUUUUCUGUCUUGAAAAAUCGUAUUUAUAUUGCAAAAGAACCUCAGUGUGGUGGAUUUUUUCCCCUCAGUUUAGUGGUUUUUUCCCCAAUCCCCAUCUUCUGCAGUGAUGUGAUUACAGGAGCUGCUCAGGUUUCUCACUAGGGAAGUCUUUAUAAAUCCCUACAAAGGGCUCGCUUUCUGGUGAAUAAUCUAGGAGUCUGAAUAGUGAAUAAGCACUAAAGCCCCAGAAAACCAAAGAAAAGCAAAACAAAAGGCAGCCAAGCAGAGCAGGAGGCUGUGGGAAGAGCUCAGGCUCUGCCUGAAGCACACUGUGUCUUGCCAAAGGCCAAAUUUGGAGAGUAGUAGUGAAAGUGCAAUUUCUCACUGUCUUGCCUCUAACACCUGCUCAGGGUCCAAAGGUGGCUGCUGGACCUGAGGUAUAAAACUGUGCUCGCAGUUCUUAGGGCAAAAUGAGAAAUGUGGUGGUGGUUUGGGAAAGGAUUAUUGCAUAAAAAUCCACUGAAACUCUUCUCCAGGCAUGCCAGGUGUCUCAUCGUUUUCAGCUUCUGCCUGGGACUUUCCUUCAUCUCGGGAUUCUUCCAUAUGAGGAGUAAGAGUUACAGAAUCUCAAAGAGCCACGAGGAGCUGCUGAUCCCUCCCACGCCGUGCCAUGCCAGGACAAACGUCAUGUUCCUCAAAACCCACAAGACUGCCAGCAGCACUGUGCUCAACAUCAUGUUCAGGUUUGCAGAGAGGUACAACCUCACUGUCGCCCUCCCUGCUGACCAGCUCUUCCACCUGGGCUACCCAAGGACUUUCGUGGCCCACUUUGUGGAGGGCUUUGAAACCAUAGGCCAAAAUUACAACAUCAUGUGCAAUCACCUGCGGUUUAACCCCUUGGAGGUCAAAAAGGUGAUGGCAGCCAACACCUUCUACUUCUCCAUCCUGAGGAACCCCAUUCCUCUGCUGGAGUCUUCCUACAUCUACUACAAGGACUAUGUGCCUGCCUUCAGGAGCUCCAAGGACGUGAACGAGUUCCUGGAGUCACCCACAAAGUAUUACCACCCAGCAGACUACAGGAAAAACAUCUAUGCCAGGAAUAUCAUGUGGUUUGACUUCGGCUACGACAACAACGCCGAGGAUGACACCAACUACACCCAGGCUGUCCUGGAGGAGAUCGAGCAGAACUUCCACCUCAUCCUGAUAGCAGACUACUUUGAUGAGUCCAUGAUCCUCUUGAAGCACACUUUGUGCUGGGAUCUGGAUGAUGUGAUUUACUUCAAGCUCAAUUCCAGAAGCCAGGACACCGUCCAGACGUUGACUCCGGAAAGUGAGGAGCAGAUAAAAGCCUGGUGCUCGCUGGACUGGAAGCUCUACCUGCACUUCAACCAGAGCUUCUGGAGGAGAAUUGAGGAGACCAUCGGGCUGGAGGUGCUGGAAAAGGAGGUGGAUCACCUGCGGACCAGACAGAAGGAGCUCAUGGAGACUUGUCUCUCAGAGCAGGAGGCGGUGAGGAAGGAUCACAUCAGGAAUAAAGCUCUCCUGCCUUUCCAGUCAGGGGCUGCAAAUAUCCUGGGUUACAACCUCAAACAAGGCUUGGACAACACCACUCUGAGAGCCUGCCAGAAAAUGGUCGUACCAGAGCUCCAGUACACCUCCUACCUUUAUGCUGUGCAACACCCGCACAAGAAGAGGAAAGAUGUGGGAUUGCCAUUGCUGUGGACCAGUCUCCAGGAGAAGAUGCAGCUCCCAGGGUCCAACUAAGACAUGUGGCAACCCACUGUGGCUUCCCACUGCUUUGCAUCGCCCCUUGUCUGACAUGGAACUGGCCCACAGGACCCUUGUGCAUGAGGGGGAGGCAGUGGGGGCUUUGUUCAGGGACACCAAGCUGGUGGCUGGUCUCUUUUUGGGGACCUUGAGCCAAAGGCUUUGCAUUGUCCAGGUCCUGGGUGAUCCCACCUGCCUGCUGCUGGCUGGAGGGAGCCAGGCUGGCUGCAGCUGGCCAAGACAUUCCAGCCUCUUAAUCAUUAAUCAGGAGCGUGAUCAUUUGCCUUCAUUUGAUUUUAUUUGAUAUCCAUCAUUGCAUCA